GAAGAACAAAAAUCGAAAAGAAAAUUCGAAGCAGAGUUCGUUGGCCACUAAAAUGCUGGUGCUUUGAUUAACACUCCACGAACUGAGAAUAUUUUUCUCCUCCUUUCCCCUUUUACGAACAAACAAAACCCUCCUCUCUCUUUCUUGAAACUGAAUCGACCCCGCCUAAAUUUUUACACUUCUUCUUCGUACAUAAAAACCCCAACUCCUCUAACCAAAAUCCCACUUCCAAAAACUCCAGAAUCUACAAUUAUCAGUUCAAUCUUGUUAAUAAAAAACAGAUAAUGUUUGCUAUAGCAGCUAUCAAUGAUACAGAUUCUGCUGCUCAGUGGGAACCAUUAGCACCAACUAAAGAAGCUCAGGAAUUCCAUCUUUCACAAACGUAUCAUGAAGGACUUCUCAAGUUGCAAGCGAAAGAUUAUGCUAAAGCUCGUGAACUUUUAGAAUCUGUUUUGAAAGAUCCUUUGAUAUCAAAUGCUCAGGUGGAAAGUAGUUCUAGUGAUGGGCAUAUGUUACAACUCAGGUUCUUGACACUGAAGAAUCUUGCCAAUGUCUUCCUUCAACAAGGUCCGAGUCAUUAUGAGAAUGCUUUACAUUGCUAUCUUCAAGCUGUAGAGAUAGAUAGUAAAGACUCUGUUGUUUGGAACCAACUGGGAACACUAUCAUGUUCGAUGGGCUUGUUAAGUAUAUCACGUUGGGCGUUUGAGCAAGGGCUUUACUGCAGCCCCAAAAAUUGGAACUGCAUGGAGAAACUAUUGGAAGUCCUAAUAGCUAUUCGUGAUGAGGUUGCUUGUCUAUCUGUAGCAGAGUUGAUUCUAAGACACUGGCCAUCACAUUCUCGUGCUUUGCAUGUCAAAAAUACCAUCGAGGAAUCAGAACCGGUUCCUUUUGCGCCGAAGGGUAUUGAUAAGCUGGAACCGAAGCAUGUGCGCCUAAAAUUUCUGGACAAGAGAAAAGCAACAGAUGAGGUGAUAAAUGGGGAUGUUGCAGUUAAACGGUCCUGUAAGAGCAUAGAACUGAACCUUCUACAUCCAUCUUGGACAUCACUUGCAGACGCAAUCAUGGGAGUCAUACUCCCUGUGAAUGAAAAUGUUCCUGAGCCUGAAAUUGUACUAAAUCAAGAUGGUCAAGUAAAUGGAAAGCCUAGUCCUAAACGAUCUAAGAUUCUUUCCGAAAAUGCAGACGUACAAGAAAGCAGUGGAGCACAAGCUCAUCAAACAUCAGAAAGCAUCAGCGGCAAUUCAAAACUGGAAAGAGGUAUGGAUACCAGAUUGAGUAUAAAGUUGCCUACCAGAGCAGAAGUAGAAACUGUCCUGGGUUCCGCAGAAGGAGAAAACAUGUCUCAAGUUGAUGGUACCCCAGAAAAAGCAAAUGUCUCGAAAGAAAAGGAAGCAUGUACCGAUGAGGAACAACAUACUCAAGAAAGGCGAAGUACUCGUCUUGAAAGGCUUAGAAGUCGCAAACCGGGGAAAGAAGAAAUGGACCUUUCUACUAGUAGGGAUCUGGCGAAAGUUGUUGUUCAGUUUUUAGAGCCUUUUAUUGUAGGUAGGUCAGAAACAGUGGUAGCAGAUCAUAGUUCAACUGGUUUAUCAGAUUCAUCAGAUACAGAACAUAAUGAACUUGUGAGAUUUUUGACUGAAGCAUCGGGAAACUGUGGUGCAUAUCAUAUAGGUCACUUGCUUUUAGAGGAAAUUGCACGUCUAAUGCCUCCGCAUCAGGAAGUAUUUGUCAAGUAUUUAGAGUUGGAGAAGCUGACAAGAAACUGGGAUCAAGAUAGGACCAUUGAAUGCAGCCUUUUUCUUGCUGAACUGUACUAUGAUCUUGGGUUAUGUUCAUCCAACGAAUCCAAGCCGGCAGAUUUCUUGUCUGAUGCUUCUUAUAAUCUCUGUAAGAUCAUUGAAAUUGUAAGCUUGGAUUCUUCUUUUGAUUGGAGUGGUGUACAUAAUACCGAUAAUAUGUCAAGGAUGAGUACUUCCACGAGCGAUCUUGGCAUGAAUUCAACCAAGCUUGGGUGCAUCUCUGCUAAUGAAAAUGGUAACAGGUUACAAGAUACGGCGUGCACUCACUUGGAUGAUAUUAACUUAUCUAGUAAAAGCUCAUUCUGGAUUCGCUUUUUCUGGCUUAGUGGUCAUUUAUCGAUUUUGGCUGGUGAGCAGGAAAAAGCUUAUGACUCAUUAUAUAUAUCCUUGUCAAUAUUGAGAAAUUUUGGUUUGGGUUCUGUUCGUCUCCCUCAUUGCAAGCUUACUAGUGAGUUAACUGUUGACAGAAUUUCCCAUGAAAUUCAGUUAUUAAAAAUUGAUUCUUUACUAAAAACGACCAUUAGUGAGAUGGUUGAGAAAGAAAUGUAUACAGAGUGUGUAAACUUUCUAGCUCCACUCUUGCUCUCCUCUAGAGACGUUUACCUUGACUUUCAGCCCGAUGCUUACAAAGAAGGCGAGAAGGUUAAAUCAGUUGAGUUAUCGGCCUUAGACAUUUUAAUCACGGCAAGCAAGAAGGCAACACCAAUGAACGUCGAGGUAUAUUUGAGUUGUCACCGGAGGAAGCUGCUUGUACUGACAGUUGCAGCAGGCAUGGCUGAAUAUACUUCAACAAAUAAAACUUUCCAUGACAAACCCAAUCAACACUCACAUUCAGGAUUGGAAUCCGAUUUAGCCGAAAGCGUAUGCAAGCGAUGGAGUAACUUAGUUGCCGAGGAAGUUAAGGAAAUAUCAAGAUGUGCUUGUCAAGUGAAGAAUUUUAUUGAUCAUGCUGGAGCUUCGGAGGACGUCAAUGUUUCUGUUAGCAUAGUUGGCGAUAUUCAAUCCUUGCUUCUAACAGUAAUGUGUAACAUCAUUAGCACAUUUCUUUGUAAGAAAUACUCUGAGUUAGCAACCGAGGAUCAAAUGGAGCAACUGGAGAGUCACUGGUUUGUGGAUGCUGCAAAUGCAUUCUGCAGACUGCAACACCUAAACCAAUCUGUACCUUGUAAAUCUCAGGUUGAUCUUAUUGUGGCAGUCCAUGAAUUGCUUGCUGAAUAUGGGCUCUGCUGUGCUGGUAAAGAUAGUGAAGGAGAGGAAGGAACAUUUCUUAAACUAGCAAUCAAACAUCUUUUGGCCUUGGAUAUGAAACUGAAAUCAAGCUUGCACUCUACGAAUAAAGCAUUGGAAACUCAAUCACCAAAGAGUCCCGCGGAGAAUAACCAUCUGAAAACACCUAUAAGUGAGUCGAUUUUAAAUACUUCAGCUGAUACGUUAACCAGUGUAGUUGAAGUUGAAGAAGAUAAACAGAUGUCCACCAAUAAGGAAGCGAUAGAGCUAGAGGAAAUGACUUGUGAAGGAGAUUCUUCUCACAUUAGUUCAAGUAAGGAUGAACAUGGAACUGUUGGUGUUGAAGGGCAAGAUAGAAACCAUGAUGAUGAUGUUGAAAGUGAGGAAAUUGAAUUAAGAAUAGAAGAAGCUCUGGACCAGAGCUUUUUCUGCUUAUAUGGUUUAGAUCUUAAAUCACCUGAUUCAAUGAGUGAAGAUGACUUAGCUAUACACAAAAAUACUAGUCGUGGUGAUUAUCAGACUAAAGAACAGUGUGCAGAUGUCUUCCACUAUUUAUUACCAUAUGCAAAGGCUUCCUCUAGAGCUGGUUUGAUGAAAGUUCGAAAAGUAUUGAGGUCUAUACGGAAGCACUUCCCACAACCUCCAGAAGACAUGUUACGAGAAAACUCACUAAGCAACUUCUUUGAUAAUCCUGAUUUAUGUGAAGAAAAACUCAUUGAAGAGGCUGGUUAUGAUGGAUUUCUGGAUCAUGUCAUGAAAUUAAUAUUUCCGAAGGGGGUCAAUCUCAAGCAAAGCAAUACAUCUAUAGGAGGAAGCUCUGAGCCGUAUGCCGAAGUUUAUGGCAAUCUGUAUUAUAUUCUAGCCCAGGCUGAAGAAAUGAGUGCAACUGAUAAAUGGCCAGGGUUUGUGCUCACCAAGGAAGGGGAAGAGUUUAUCGAACAAAAUUCGAACCUAUUCAAAUACGAUUUGUUGUACAACCCGUUGCGCUUUGAGAGUUGGCAGAAACUUGCUAAUAUUUAUGACGAGGAGGUGGACCUGUUGCUGAAUGAUGGAAGUAAGCACAUAAAUGUCGUGGGAUGGAGGAAAAACGGUUCUCUACCUCAAAGAGUUGAAACUAGUCGAAGGAGAAGCCGCCGAUGUUUACUAAUGAGUUUGGCACUAUCUAAGACACCAAUUCAACAGAGCGAGAUACAUGAGUUGUUGGCAUUAGUUUACUAUGAUGGUAUUCAAAAUGUUGUACCAAUUUAUGAUCAACGAUUCAUUCUACCCACCAAGGAUGAAUCAUGGAUAACAUUCUGUCAAAAUUCGAUGAGCCAUUUUGAGAAAGCUUUCUCCAACAAGCCAGACUGGUCUCAUGCAUUCUACCUGGGAAAGCUUUGUGUAAAGCUAGGAUAUCCAUAUGAGAAGGCAUUUUCAUACUAUGAAAAAGCUAUCAAUUUGAAUCCAUCCGCUGUAGAUCCUUUCUACAGGAUGCACACAUCACGUUUGAAAUUACUACAUACAUGUGGUAAGCACAAUUUGGAGGCUCUCAAGGUUGUUGCUGCAUAUUCAUUUAAUCAAUCUACAAAGGAGACUGCCAUGAAUUUGAUUGAUCAAACUGUUUCUAGUAGUCCAAAUUUUGAAGGAAACAGUAAUAAAACAAAACCUGAGGGUCUAACAAACGUGGUUCAGUUGGAUGAGGCCUGGCACGUGCUUUAUAGUGAUUGUCUUUCAGCCAUUGAAGUUUGUGUCGAAGGGGAACUUAAACAUUUUCACAAGGCAAGAUACACACUCGCUCAGGGAUGGUAUCGUAAGGGUGAGAGUGGGGACAUAGAGAGGGCAAAGGAUGAACUUUCUUUUUGUUUUAAGUCAUCACGGUCCUCCUUCACAAUUAACAUGUGGGAGAUGGAUGGAAUGGUCAGGAAGGGAAGGCGCAAAACUCCAGGUCUAACUGGUAACAAGAAAGCCCUAGAAGUUAACUUGCCAGAAAGUUCUAGGAAAUUUAUUACAUGUAUUCGCAAGUAUACUCUAUGCUAUCUGAAACUGCUACACGAGAGUGGUGACAUCUUUACUCUCGAACGGGCCUACAUUUCUCUCCGUGCUGAUAAGAGGUUCAGCUUAUGCCUUGAAGAUCUUGUUCCAGUAGCUCUAGGUAGAUACAUUCAGUCUCUAGUUUCAUCCAUACAACAACCUGAGAACCUUGCUUCUGCUGAUGUCAGCAGCUCUCCCGAGCAUUGGCUUGAGAAACUGUUCAACUUGUUCAUGGAUCAAGGAAACUUAUGGGCAGAUAUAAGCAGUUUACCCGAGAUUAAGAGGCCAGAGUUAUCAGAGAGCAGCUUCUAUGGAUAUCUCCAUCGAUAUAUCCAGUCAUUGGAAAGAGAUGGCAAGUUAGAUACGCUUGAAGCAAUAAAUGAGAAAAUCAGGAAGCGUUUUAAGAAUCCAAAAUUGUCAAAUAGUAAUUGCGCUAAAGUAUGCAGACAUGCAUCUGUGGCGUGGUACCGCUCCAUUGUUCUAAGCUUGUCCAUGAUCACGUCUUCACGUUCUGAGGUCUCGAGCGGGACCCUGACUUCUAAUUUGUUGGGCCCAGGUUCGGAAAAUCGCCCACUACUUUGUGUUGAUCUCCAGGAGAAUGAGUUGUGGGCUUCAUCCUUUGAGGAUCCUGCACAUCUGAAGAGUCUUGAAACAAAGUGGAGCCAUGAGUUAUCCAAAAUCAAGGGCAUAGUCAUCAAGCAAGUGUCUGAGGAGUCAACUGAUUCUGCUAAUUCGUUACUUCGAUCUGCUUACAACUUCUAUAAGGAGAGUUCGUGUGGAACUCUUCCUCCAGCUAUCAACCUAUACACAGUUCUAUCAUCACUCUUAGCACCAGAUGAACCAUUUAAACCUGGGACAGAUGGAGUUGAUGUAAUUGAUUUGAGCAUCCCCAGGAAGCUUCUUUUGUGGGCGUACACGCUGGUGCAUGGUAGUUACACUAACAUUUUAGCCGUGGUAAAGCAUUGUGAAGAAAAUGCAAAGUUAAAGAUGAAGAAAGGAGGUGGUUCAUCAGUUGCUUCACAUACAACCCCGUCUACUUUAAUGGCUGCGCAUUCAGAAAGAGGUGGUGGCGGGAAGGAGAAAGUGACCCAUGAUGGAGGUGGUGACACUGAAGAAAACCCGUUAACCAAGGCUGCAUCUUCUCUUACUUCGCCUGAAGCAGAUAGUGCGCGCACCUUAAAUCCAACUUCUUCUCUCAGUGAGACUCAAAAAACUUCGACCGCUCCUCAAACUCAACACUCCACCAACAGUACUACAGAAAUCAACUUUUCAGAUGCAAACGAGGGAGGUCAAAAUUGCAAAAACUAACUUAGGCCAACUUUUCAUGUAUAUUUAAUGUCUGGCUUGUCUCUUCUGUAAUGUCUGGCUUGUCUCUUCUGCAACUUCUGUUGGAUUAUUAAGAAAUUCUUGUUAUUUGAUUAUUGAGCUUUAUGCAGUCAAGUGUUUGUACAGUUGUAUGCGCCAUUGGUUUAGUAGCAAAUUUCUUUGUUAA